GUCCCCGAAUGUGCCUGCCGACACUUACUUCUUCCCGCGGCCCAUGACGCGGCGUCUCCAUGGGCGUGGGUCAGAGUGUGGAGAGCCUGUACUUCCAGCAGAAGGUGAAGCUCGGGCAGGGGGGCUUUGGCACCGUCUGGCGCGCAGUGGACCGGACGACCCACCGCUUCGUGGCGGUGAAGCAGAUCGACAAACUGAAGGCCUAUUGGCAAGGUGCCAAGCGUUCUGACCUGCUUUUGGAGAUCGACUUUCUCAAAGCAUGUGACCAUGUGAACAUCACCAAGCUGUACAACUACUUCGAGGACAGCUCCUCCAUCUCCAUUGCAAUGGAGUACUGUGACGGUGGAGAUCUGGAGGACAAGCUGAAGGAGAGAGGCGCAAAGCUGCCAGAGGCGCAGUCGGCCAGCUGGACCCGGCAGAUCUGCGGUGCCAUCAAGCACUUGCACGAGCGGGACAUCUGUCAUCGCGACAUUAAGCCGGGCAACUUCAUGUUCAGCACCUCUUUGCUGAAGCUCUCCGACUUUGGCUUUGCCACCUUCCUCAAGAAGGGCCAAACCACCAUGGAGGAGCAAUUGGCCUUGGCUACCUGGUGUUGUUUGGCUACCUGGCGGUCUUCUUGCUUGUUGGCCUUUGGUUUGCUCACCGCCCUUGACGUGGGGACCCCGGCCUUCAUGGCUCCGGAGCAACAUCAGCUGAGCAAGGGCGGCCCUGGAUACAGCCACUCUGUGGACGUUUGGGCUGCUGGCUGCAUGCUUCAUAUGUUUCUGUCGAAUGGCCGCCACCCCUUUGUGACCUCCAAGAACUCCCUGGACAUGGCGAACCUCCUCAAGGGAAAUGCGGACUUCGGUCUUUCUAUGUUCGGGGAGCUGCUGGGCGUGGCGGUGGCGCCAGAGGCCAAGGACCUCUGCCGCCGCAUGCUCGCGCCGGAGCCCAGGUCGCGAAUUGGGGUCGAGGAGGUGCUGCAAAACAUUUGGGUGAAGAGUGAGAAGGAGGAGGUGCCGGAGGAUGCUGCGCAGCACUUCGCGCAGCUCAAGCAGCAGCUGCUCAUGGCAGAGCAGCAGCUCAAGGAAGCAGAGGAGCGGGAGCUGUCGCUGAAGAGCCGCUUGCAAAAGCAAGACGACUCGGUAGUGCUCGUCACCAUCCCCGUGACUCUGCCCGCCUGCAUCAAUCGCUGCAGCUCCUGUACCACUUGCGCCGCGGAUCGCAUCGAGCCGCAGCGGAUCAAGAAGUGGUGACCGUUUUUUUUUUUCGCGUUCCACGAAAGGGACGCGCGCUCCAAAGGACGGUCAACGUGCUGUUCCUGGCGUUUGUCG